UAAGCGAUUUUAUACCAUCGUUGUUUUUGCUAUAGAAAGUAAUAUAUUUGUAUAGAUAUGUAAAUAUAAUAACACCCACUUAAUGGUGUUCGAUCGUUAAUUGUGCCUGGUGUAUAAAAAUUUUAUAUGGAAACUAAAAAUUAAAAGUUCAUAUAGUUAUAUAAUCAUAUAGAUCAUAUAACAUUGCAUUCAUAAUCUUCAAUCGGUGAAGUAGAACGUUGAAAAUGCUUAUCAUACUUACUUAUUAUGUUUCAUUAUCCAUACUACAGAUAUUGUAUGUCACCGGGAUUUCAGUUUCAUGGAAUUCUCCUAGCAUAUCAUAUUCAUCUAUAAGCAGUAAAUCGGUGCCAAUAUACAAUGGAAAUGUACAGCAAGAGUCUUCAACAAUUAAACCUUUUCGAGUAUCAGGAAGCACAUCAACAAGUCUUAACCAAAUUGGUAAUUUGGAUACAGAAAUGUCAUUUAACAGAGGCUUGGGAAUGAACACAAAUAAAAUUAUUGUAAGUAAAAAAGGUCAGCUUAAAGAUAAUAAAGGUGAUGGCGUGUCGGAGUAUACAAUUACUAAUAUUCAACCCUCUGAAUUAAGUAACGAAUCUUCACAAUCUUCAAAAAUUUCAAAUUUUAAUAUUCCUGUUCAAAUGAAUGGACCUAGAUUAUCAACUAUUUAUCACGGGACAAAUAAAAUUAGUGAAACGGGUCGAAUAAAUGACGUUAGUAAUUUAUAUAAAUCCAAUAAUGAUGCAGAUAUAGGUUUGGACACAACAUUUGGAUCUAUACAAUUUGACGGAAUAAAUAAUGGUAAAACAAGUGGAUCUGGUAGGGAAGAAGAAAAUAAUAAAGGGUUUAGUGGAUCAAAAGGAUCCAUAAGCUUCAAUAGCAAAACUAAGGGUAGAAGAGGUAGACCAAGUGAAGAAGAAGACGGAGAUAGAUCAAAUGAAUCUAGAAAAUUCGUUGAACAAAAUUAUGGAAGAGUAGAAGGAUACGGUGGUGAAGAAAGCGGAGGAAGUGGAUCAAUUGGACUCAUAGGAUUUGGUAGAAAAAAUGAGGGAGAACCAGGUGGAUCUGAUGUAGAAGAAGGGGAAAAUAAAGGAUUUAGUGGGUCAAAAGGAUCCAUAAGCUUCAAUAGCAAAUAUAAGGGUAAAAGAGGUAGGCCAAGUGGAGAAAAAGAAGAUGGGGGUAGAAGGUUUAGUGGAUCAAAUGAAUCUAUAAAAUUCGUUGAACAAAAUGAUGGAAGAGUAGAAGGAUACGGUGGAGAAGAAAGUGGAGGAAGUGGAUUAAUUGGCCUCAUAGGAUUUGGUAGAAAAAAUGAGGGAGGAUUAGGUGGAUCUGGUGUAGGAUUUAGUGGAUCAAAAGGAUCCAUAAGCUUCGGUAGUAGAAGUAAUGGUAGAGCAGAUGGAUAUAGUGGAGAAGAAAGUGAAGGAAGUGGUUCAGGUGGAUUUAUAGGAUAUGGUAGAAAAAAUGAGGGAUGGGCAGGUGGAUCUGUCGGAGAAGAAAAGGGAAAUAUAGAGUUUAAUGGAUUAAAAGGAUCCAUAAGAUUCGGUAGCAAAGGUAAUGGUAGAGCAGGCGAAUAUGGUGGAGAAGAAAGCGGAGGAAGUGGAUCCAUUGGACUCAUAGGAUUUGGUAGAAAAAAUGAGGGAGAAUCAGAUGGAUCUGAUGUAGAAGAAGGGGAAAAUAAAGGAUUUAGUGGAUCAAAAGGAUCCAUAAGAUUCGGUAGCAAAGGUAAUAGUAGAGCAGGCGGAUAUAAGGAAGAAGAAAGAGGAAAAAGUGGAUCGGGUGGAUUUAUAGAAUUUGGUAGAAAAAAUGACGGUGGAGCAAGUGGAUCUGGUGGAGAAGAAAAGGGAAAUAAAGGGUUUAGUGGAUCAAAAGGAUCCAUAAAAUUCGGUAGCAAAGGUAAUGGUAGAACAGGCGGAUUUGGUGGAGAAGUAAAAGGAGGUAUAAGGUUUAAUGGACCAAAUGUAUCUAUAAGAUUUGAUGGGAAAAAUGAAGGAGAAAUAGGUGGAUUUGGUGAAAAAAACAUAAAAAUUAGUGGAGGACAUAGAGCUAAUAGAUCGUCAAGAUCUCGAAACAUUGGUGGAAAGAGAAAUUUUAAAUUAUCAACUGGAGGUAUACAAUUAGGUGCAGAAAAUGGAGAAAUAAGUAGAUCAAAUAGUAUUUUAUCAAAAAUAACUGGUAAAAAUUACGGAAGUAGAAGAUUUGGUGGUAAUAGUAAAAGUGACAAAUUUGUAGGAGACAGUGGUAUGAGUGAAGUAGGUGGUAGCAAAUUAUUUGGAGAAAAAAUGAAUAAGUUCAGUGAAACUGGUGGAAUUUAUGAAGAUAGAAAUUUUGAUGAUUAUAAUGAAAAUAGAUCUGUAAAAGAGUAUGGUACAAGUGAAGUAAGAUUUGGUGAAUAUAGUAGCCUAGGAAAUAGUGGUAACUAAUAUGGGUCGAUUGAAUUAUUUGAAUAAAAAGUGUUUCCAAAUUGUGAAUAUAUAUAAAUAAAUAA